AUGGAGGCCCAGAUUGGCAGAGUGAAGAAAUACUGCCAUGAUUUUUCACAUCGGGGCGCCAGUCUCACAGAUGCUGCAUUUCAGACCCAGUUUACAGAAUUGAAAGCUUUGUUGUUAUCACUUUCCACACUAUAUACCAGAGAUGACUAUGACAAGUUGCUUACUGAUCCACUGCAUGCAGCAGACAAAGAAAAGAACAACAAAAGACAUGUAUGUUCAGUAAUGGGGGACAACCAGCUAUCUGACAUACCAGUAGAUAUCUCCAGGUUGAAGACACUUAAAAUAUUCCACCUCAAUUCCUAUGCCUUUACUACACUCCCCACAACACUCUGUGGCUUGACUAACAUAGAGGUGCUGUACCUGGGUGACAACCAGCUAUCUGACAUACCAGUGGAUAUCUCCAAGUUGAAGGCCCUCAUAAUAUUCCGCCUUAAUAAAUAUGCCUGCACUUCAUUCCCCAUAGCACUGUGUGGCUUGACUAACGUAGAGGUUCUAAAUCUGUCUGGCAACCAGCUAUCUGACGUACCAGUGGAUAUCACCAGGUUGACCAAUCUAGAGAGCCUUGACCUGCACCACAAUAACAUCAGUCACCUGCCACCACAGUUUAAGAAUAUGGAAAAUCAUAAUCCUCUGGUACAACCACCUAUAGAAAUUGCCAACAGGGGGCUAGGUGCCAUAAAAAGGUAUUUUGAGGCAUUAACUGACACCAAGGCAAUCCAUUCAUCAAGAUUACAGGUGAACUUUUUGGGUGAAACAGACGCAGGAAAAAUUAGCAUUUCACGUACAUUGCAAUUCGAACAGUCAACCCUCACCAAGAUGGCAGACAGGAUAGGAGUGGUAGAACAAGGGAUAUGGGAGGCUGCCUUCAAUAUCAGUGACUUUGGUGGACAUGAUGUCUUUAAAAUGUUUAUCUCCACUAGUGGCUUGGUUUUUAUCACUUUCAAUCUGUCUGAAUAUGAUCCCAAAAAUGAAGCUCAUUAUCAACUCAACAUUCCAAACUGGAUUGACAAGGUGCAAGAACAGAUGCCAAGGAUACAAAUAGCUCUAAUUGGAACUCACCUUGAUGAGGUUGAAACCCUACAUGCUGAAAGAAAAUGCUCUUCAAUAACCAGGCAGCUUGAAGACCAUGUAAGUAAAAAGAAAAAGUGGUAUCAAGCACAAAAGGAGACAAGUGAGAAAAAAAUUAAAGAAAUAUCUGAAGCCCAAGUGUUUAUCUGCCAGGUCUACCAAAAGAAAGCGGCUCAUCUGCAAUCCUUGUAUGGUCAAAUGAAACCCAUCUAUGAGCAUCUCAUUUCUUUUGCCAGGACAAGUGCCGAAGUUUUGCCAGGAAUGUAUGCAGCUAAGAAAAUCUGUACCAAGAAAAUUGAAGGCACUGAGAACACACUUGGCUGGGAGGUGAUUGAAGACCUCAUUCUGCAAAACAUGCCCAAAUUGUCACAGGGAAAAAAUGAGAAAAUAAUUUGUGACAUUUCAAGUUUCUUGGCCCACCAUGGAGACAAAAUAUGGUUUGAUAAUAGCCUUUCGCUGAUGAAAGUUGUUUUCCACAAGAAAGAGGUUAUUGUAAAUGUUCUCAAGGCAGUCCUCAUCCAUGAUCAAGUUGAAGUAUCACAAAUGCUCCAAAAGUCCAUGAAGAUUACAAGAAAGAAAGCAACCAGAAUGGAAGAAGACAUCUUCAGCAGAGGAAUCAUUUCUAAACAAGCUAAGGAUUGCCUGUGGCAGCCCUUCAGUUUGUCAAGCACCAACGUUGAGGCCAUGAUAGAAAUGAUGCAGAAAUUGGAGCUUUGCUAUCAAGCCCAUAAAGAUGAAUCCAUUCUAUCCUCAUUCCACUUCCCAUGGCUUCUCACUGAAGAAAGACAACCUGAGACAAAUGCCAAAUGGUCUAGCAAGAUUCUCCCAGACACCACACAACUUACCCAACAGGUUCUCUUUCCAUACAGAUGUCCAGAUGGCUUAUAUGAGAAAUUUUCUGUCUGUCUGUACAAGCACCUUGGAUUCAUGAAGACCAUGCAAAUGGACUGGAAGGAUGGAGAACUUGAGCGAUACAAAAUGCAGCUGACACGGGGGCCACACCAGUCAAAUAGUGAUACAGUCAGCCAAGAUCCAGACUGGGUUAUCAGCAUUGCUGCCCAUGGAUCACAUCUCUCAGAUAUGUGGGGUGUUCUCAAGCAAGGUCACAGUGUCCUCAUGGACAUCACUAAAAAGGACUGGCCUGGGCCAUCAUAUGACAAAUACCUGGAGUGCCCCCACUGUGUGAGUGAGGACAGUCGGGACCCAACCCUCUUCCCUGGAGAGAUACUUGACCAAAGCCAUGGGAUGACCUUCAAAGCUAGACAGACGCCAUGGUUCAAUACUGGUGUCUACUUUCCUGCAGACAUGUUCUACCCACCAAGCUGGCAGGAAGGUAAGCUCAUUACUUUUCUAGCACAGCCUCAGUGA